AUUAAUAGAAAAUAAAAGACAAAACAAUAGGGGGGGAGAGAGAGCGGGUGCUAUCCUUCCUCCCCCUUCCCUCUGUUCACCCAUCCUGUUCCUCCCCCAACGAAUCAAAACGCCAUUCUCGCGAGCACAGAAACGGAGAGAAGAGAUCAUUUUUCUCUCAUCUCUCCAUCUUGCUCCAAAUCCUCCAAACUCCGAUCUUUUUCCAGAAAGAUCCUCCUUUUCUCGGUUGAUACAGAUAUACGCAGCUAUAUAUAGCGUUUGGCCUCGUGGUGGAUAGGUUCUUGGCUUCCCUACGGGGGGUUGUUAAUUUGAGGGAGUCCAAAUCUCCUGCGACUGGAGGGGGUCAUGGCGGAGGAGGAGAGGCGGCGCUUCGCGAAUCUGCGCAGCGUCCGGUGGCGGGCCGAUCUCGGCAUCCUGCCGGCGUCGCCGGAGGCGUCCGUCGAGGAUCUCCGCCGCGCCGCCGCCGAUUCGCGGAGGAGGUAUGUUAGUUUGAGACGACGCCUUAUGGUAGACCCUCAUCUUCCUAAAGAGGAGGACAGAUCAUCGAACCUCGUUGUUGACAACCCGCUCUCUCAGAACCCAGAUAGCAGCUGGGGUCGUUUUUUCAGAGGGGCUGAGUUGGAGAAGACUGUUGACCAAGACUUGUCUCGAUUAUAUCCAGAAGAUGGUAGUUACUUUCAAACACCUACAUGCCAGGCCAUGCUGAGGAGAAUACUAUUAAUGUGGUGCCUUCAGCACCCAGAGUGUGGAUAUCGCCAAGGAAUGCAUGAACUAUUAGCUCCUCUUGUGUAUGUUCUUCAAGUUGAUAUUGAUAAACUUUCUCAAGUACGGAAACUCCAUGAAGACUGCUUUAAUGAUGAUUUUGAUGGAGUGCCUUUCCCUGAUACCGAUAUGGUUUUUAGUUAUAAACCUAGAAAGGAUUCAAAGUGGAAUUCGGGAGCUGACAAUGAGAAUGAUUCUGAAAGAGUUUCUAAAGUUAACACUCUUGAUGAACUUGACCUGGAUACAAAAGAAAUAAUUUUACUUAGUGAUGCAUAUGGAGCUGAGGGUGAACUAGGCAUUGUAUUGUCUGAAAGGUUCAUGGAACAUGAUGCCUAUUCGAUGUUUGAUGGUUUGAUGGAUGGAGGUAGCGGAGUGGUUCGCAUGGCGGAGUUUUUCUCCGCAUCCAAGGUUGGAUCUAGUUCAAGUCUACCACCUGUUAUUGAAGCCUCAUCAUCUUUAUUUCAUUUGCUUUACAUUGUUGAGCCAUCUCUUCAUAGCCAUUUCAUUGAGCUGGAUGUGGAACCUCAGUAUUUUGCACUUCGUUGGCUGCGGGUCUUAUUUGGACGAGAGUUCUGCCUCAACGAUCUUUUAGUAGUAUGGGAUGAAGUCUUUGCUUGUUCCAAUGAUAUGCUGCUUAGAAACGAUGAAGAAUACAGUUUUAAGAUCUUGUGCUCAUCUAGAGGGGCAUUUAUUGCAGCCAUGGCUGUCUCUAUGCUCCUUCACCUUAGAUCAUCUCUGUUGGCUACUGAAAUUAACACGUCUUGUCUUCAGAGAUUAUUGAACUUUCCAAACAAUGUUGAUGUGCAGAAGCUAAUUGAGAAAGCUAAAUCUCUACAGUUUGUUGCCAUUGAUGCAAACACAUCAUCCCCAUGUUUCCUAUCAAAGAAAGAUAGCUGUGAGUAUGAUAAGGUUCGCAGCAAUAUUGCUACUUCAACUCCUCCAAGAACUCCAUUGCAUCCAUUAUCGGAGAGUUACUGGGAAGCGCAGUGGAGAAAUCUGCACAAAGAUGGAACAGCUCCCAAGGAGAUUGAAAAAGGCCACUCUCUCAGCAGAUCACUAAAGAAAUCUUUGCGCCAGAGGCUUGGUUUAUCUAGGACAGAGUCAGAUCCUUGUCCAGUGAAGGUAGUCAGUGUGAAGAGUGACCCCAAGAAUUCAGUGAGGCGGUGCCUUCUGAACACUUUAUCAGAUGAAACGAUACGGUCUAGUGAAGUUGCUGGGAAAAUUCAGCAAGACAAAUUGACUAUUGUCUCAAUUCACAAGGAGUCUCUUGUGACUUCUGAAAGGCCCUCACAGCUAAAGGCAGCUGGUGAAGAUUUAACAGUAAGCUCAUCAUGUGUGUCAGAAGUCAAUCCACUAGAAAAAUCACCAGUUGAACCUGCUGAUGAGAGUGUGACACAAAUGACAGAAACACAUGCAGCAGAAGCUUGUUCCAGUGGUGAGAACUCUCCAGUGUUCUAUACAGCUAGUGGUGGUAAUGAGCUUGAGAAUAGCCAUGACAACGAUUCUGAGAGGAGUAGCAUCACUUCAAAUUCAUGUGCUGGUCACGAUGACAGGGAUGAAAUACUGCAAGACGAAUCAUCCAGCUGUAACUGCAAGGACAAAACUGUCUUAGAAGCAGUAGCAUCUGAUAAAAAAUCAGAUCCAGUUGGACCUUCUGAGAAAACUGUGGUUUCUAAUGAAAGAAAACCAUUAAUUAGUAAACUGCAAUGGCUCUUGAAGCUUGGAAGACCUUCAGGUGAAGGCAACAUGGAGAAGCGUAAUGCUGAGACAUCGGAUGAUAAACAUGAUGUUGUUCCUCCCUGCUCUUCACCUUCUGAUGUGAAUUCAGAUAACUCUCGUGGUAGCACAAAUUUGGCUUCUGGUGAUAAGAAGGUCAUGGGCACACUCAAGAAUAUUGGACAAAACAUGCUUGAAAAUAUCCAGGUGAUCGAGUCAGCGUUUCAGCAAGAUCGUGGCCAACCUAGCCCCAUGGGAAACUUCUCAAACAACAUUCUUGGAGGCAAAGGGCAGGUCACUGCAAUGGCUGCUCUGACAGAGCUUCGCAAGAUCAGCAAUCUGCUCCGUGAGAUGUAACCAUGCACGGCGUGUACGCAAAUUGCCCAUUCUUUCUCGAUUCAUUAGCUCAGAAAAGGCAGGCACCUAGGUCCCUUGUAUAUAUAGAUUCCAUGAGCCCAGUAUGUAAGGUCUGUACCUAAGGGUCGCCUAUCAAUUUAGUUGCGCGAGAUGAGGGAUUAAACUCUCUUCGGCGUUAGGAAGCAACUUUUUGAUGGAACAAUUUUGUAAGCGUAAAUGUCUGAGGUAGAAUAAAUGGAAUAACUGAAUGAGCUA